UCUAUUGGAGCAAGGAGCUAGGACGAUAGCUUUGGUGGGACUACCACCAAUGGGGUGCUUGCCGGCUGUAAUUACCCUCACUUCCGGCAAUGCAUCCCAUAGUCGUGGAUGUAUCGAAUCAUUAUCCUCCAUUGCAGUUGAUUACAACCAGAAGUUGAGUACGAAAUUGAACGACGUGAAAAGUUAUGCCUAUGGCACCAAAAUAGUUUAUGCUGAUAUAUAUAAACCAAUGGACGAAAUUAUUACAAACCCCUCCAAAUUUGAUUUUGAGGAGGUUUACACUGGUUGCUGUGGGAGUGGAUACGUAGAAGCUUCAUUUUUAUGCAAUCCAACAUCACCCGUUUGCUUUGAUCCCUCUGAGUACGUGUUCUUUGAUUCAAUACACCCAACGGAAGUAACGUACAAAUAUAUCUUCAAGUCUCUGCGUCCGACCAUCGAUCAAGUUAUCAAGAAUUAACGUUUAAAUAUUUUUUAACGGUGUAUAAUUCAUAAAAAUCUCUCAAAAGAUCUGCAAAAAUAAGUUGUGAACUGGUUUGAUGCUUGAAUCAACAACGGGAAUCAUCACUCAGAAAAAUCACCUCUUUUCAGCUUUUACAUAAUCAUUCAGGGUUCGUUUGAUUUGGCUAAUCGAGUUAUAUUUAAGUAGAGAUGAGAAACGCAAUUUUAAGUUUGAUGAUAAAAUUGUAAGGUUCAGUCAAGUUAAUUGACCCGAAACUAUAAUGUGUCACUGUCUCAUACAAGUUACAAUGUGAGGACGGUUAUGAUUUCAAUGUCCAAAAAUUAAA